AUAAAAGACCUCACCGAAAUUCAUCGGUAGAUUAAUGGCGGAAUAAGCCCACAACACACUGUUACACACAACACCACAUUUGAUCAUCCUUCCUCUCUCUCUCUCUCUCUCUCUCUCUCUCACACACACACACAGGACCGGGAAACUACCGUUUACUGUACAGGUUGGGAGUAGGCAGCGAGUAGUUGGCUUACAGUGGCCCCCCAAAAUUAAAUUUGUGGCAGUGUGAGUUAGGUAGUAAACGUUUCUGAGCGUCCCCCACAAAAACCCAUCAUGCAUAUUCAAUCCUAAUCCUGACAAGAAACCCCAUAACGCCCAAGAAUCUUUGUAUUUGCCGGAGAUGACGCCUGCCGGAGUAUUCGCUGGUGUGUGCCUGCUGUUGGCUGUGUACUGCGCCGUCGACCCGUUCAAUCACUCUGCGAUGUCCGAAUUUCCCGACUUUGAGGCGGUUAAGGUCGAGGUGCCUCCAUGGUCUGCUAUCCCAGUUGAGAAGGACCCGGAGAACUUGCUCCAGAAAUCGGAAAUCAAGUUCUUGAACCAAGUGCAAGGGCCCGAGAGCAUGGCCUUCGACCCAGCGGGCCGCGGCCCGUAUACUGGGGUUGCUGAUGGGAGGAUUAUCUUCUGGAACGGCGAGAAGUGGACCGACUUCGCUUACACUUCGGCUAAUCGGUCAGGCCUAUGUGAUCCACAACCAUCACCCAUGAGCUACUUGAAGAAUGAGCACAUCUGUGGGCGGCCACUGGGGCUAAGAUUUGACAAACGAACAGGUGAAUUAUACAUAGCAGAUGCAUAUUUCGGCUUGAUGAAAGUUGGGCCUGAAGGUGGUUUGGCAACAUCACUGACCACUGAGGCUGAAGGAGUUCCUCUGGGAUUUACGAAUGACUUAGACAUUGAUAACGAGGGGAAUGUUUAUUUCACCGAUAGCAGCACCAAGUACAAAAGAAGGAAUUUUCUCCAGCUAAUUUUCUCUGGGGAAGAUAGUGGAAGGGUGCUGAAAUAUAAUCCAAACACAAAAGAAACAACAGUUCUCUUUCGAAAUCUUCAAUUUCCAAAUGGUCUUUCCCUGAGUAAGGAUGGUUCAUUCUUUGUGUUCUGCGAGGGUUCAAUUGGCAGGUUGCGUAAGUACUGGUUGAAGGGUGAAAAGGCCGGGACAUCUGAGAUUAUGGCUGUGCUCCCUGGAUUCCCUGACAAUGUACGCACAAACGAAAAGGGUGAGUUCUGGGUAGCAAUCCAUUGUCGACGAACGGUAUAUGCAUACAUUUUAGCUCUGUACCCAAAAGUCCGGAAAUUAUGGCUGAAGCUUCCGAUUCCUGCAAAGAUCCAUUAUCUGAUGCAAAUUGGAGGCCGUGUCCAUGCAGUAGUUUUGAAAUAUAGCCCAGAAGGUAAGCUUUUACAGAUUUUAGAGGACAGACAAGGAAAAGUAGUUAAAGCAGUAAGUGAAGUGGAGGAGAAAGACGGGAAACUUUGGAUGGGAAGUGUGUUGAUGCCAUUUGUUGCAGUUUAUCAGUUAGACUGAGAAACUGAGACGAAGAGCAGAUGAUACCCACAUUGCAGUCUUUUUAGCUUUCUUUCCUCUAUUCUCUUGGAACUCUUUUAGGAUCUGACAUAUUAUGUACCUUUUCCUUUCUUUGUGCUUAAGAAUGUCGAACAGUUUUAUUUGUGCAACUGUUACAAGGUUUAUCAUCA